AUGGCACCCCUGACCGGCCCUGUAAGAACAGGCAUGGAGGUGUUUGCAAUACCUGGCGUAGUCCUCCUCAUCGCGUUCCUGGGCUACGCUUCACAAUGGGUUUUCCACACCCCCGACCUCCAGCCAGGGCCUCUGAGCCAAAACCAAACCAUUACCUUCAACUUGCUACUCCUCAAUCUUUGGUGGAACUACUACAAAGCAUGCACAGUCUCGCCAGGAACCUACACCCACACACGGCCGCCGAGGGGUGACGACGAUGACGACGACAAGACGAAAACGAAGAAACAACAAGAUGAGCAGCAAAAGCCCGCGGCGCCCGCUGCCGGCCAGAGGUGGUGCCGCAAGUGCGAUGCACCCAAGCCCCCUCGCGCCCACCACUGCCGCCACUGCCGCCGCUGCAUCCCCAAGAUGGACCACCACUGCCCGUGGACCGGCAACUGCGUGUCGAUGCAGACGUUUCCCUACUUCUACCGCUUCCUCGUCUCUACAAACCUCGCCCUGUGGUACCUCGCCCGCCUCCUCUACCUGCGCCUCCGCGCCCUCUUCGACGAGCGCAAUCUGCCCGCCUACCUCGGCCCCUCGCCCACCAGGAUCGCCCUGCUCACAAUCGUGUCCAUCGCCUGCGCCCUCGUGUCCCUCGCCCUCGGUAUCCUGCUGACCACCACCACAAAAGCGUGGCUCUUCAACCGCACCAUGAUAGAGGACUGGGAGGUUGAGCGCCACGAGAGCCUGGUGGGCAGGCAGGGCCGCGGCGGCUCGACGUGGUGGGCCAGCGACGAGGAGGGCGGCGGCGAGUCCUCGUCGGAAGAGAUGACGGCCCCUCCCAAUGGCCACAAGAUCCUGCACCGCGUCGAGUUCCCCUACGACAUUGGGAUCUGGAACAACAUGUGCCAGGCCAUGGGCACACGCAACAUCCUGGCCUGGUUCUGGCCGUUUGCCGGCGGGCCGACCGUCUCUCGGACGCCCGGGUCUGGGGUCGGCUGGGACUGGGAGGAGAACGGCUUCAACGCGAGGGUGGGCAUGUGGCCGCCGCCAGACCCGGACAAACAGCGCCGCGGUCACUGGAGGGGCAACGCCGAUGCGGCUGUCAAGUUGCCCACGUACGCGACGCCAGAGGAGGAAAAGGCCGCGUUCAGGGCCAGGCAGGAGAGGGACCAGCGGCUGCGGAGGCGGAGGCAGCUGAUGGAGGUCCAGCAGGGCUCGGGCAUCUUUGCGGAGCUGGAGGAAGAUGAGGAGCUCGAGGAUCUGUUCCCUGAACAAGGGAGACGUGACAAGUACAGCCACGAGGGUCAGUCCUACGAAAAAGGCCUGGACGGGGAGCCUGGCUGGACCAAUGCUGACGGUGAGCGAUUACGUGACUUUGGCGUUGACGAGGAUUCGGAUGAUUUGGUUGAAAACGACGUGCCCCAUAAUGAGGAUUUUAAUCAUGAUGAUGACGAGGAUGUUCCGCUGGGAGAGCUGUUGCGACGUCGGAAGGUCGCGUCUCGAAACCCAGAUAUAUGA